UGCAUCUCGCCUUUGCGAGGUUCCCGCCGUCGACGGCGUGACCUCCUCCCAGCUCGACCGUGAGCGCUAUCUCGAUCUCCCCCUUUCCGGUCCUGACGCAGAUCCGGGCGGCGAUGAUGAUGCAAGGGGAUCUUUGUCAGGUUCGUCUUCCGAUUUGCUUGCAAUUUUGGUACACUAUUUCUUUUCUUUAAUUGCUUGACAAAUAAACAGCUAUUAUCCUACGUAGCCUUUAUCAUAUUAACACUUAUUAGGGAUUCGUAUGAUCGAACUAGAGGAUUCAUGGGUGGUUGAGUUGACGCAUAAUUUAGCUUGGAAAAAGAUCACCGUUUUGUUUUUCUUUAGUUUGUAAUAGGGGCUCUUUUGAGGACUGUCAGUUUGUUAGUGAAACCUGGUAAUCAUUGCCACCGGGUCAUGUUGUUGGAACUUUUCUUUGAUCUGCUUUUUUUUUUCUAGAUUUCCUGCAAAGUAUUCGUUUUCUUGCUGGUGAUGUCUGACUUGGGGGUCGUGAAGCCGAACCAUGUGUUCGGGGAUGGUUCUUUUAUGUAGUCUGUCAUGUUAUAUACAGUGGGUAUCGUGUCUCUGAAAUGGUAACUUGUUAUUGUUGACUACCUGAUCUUUUUGGUUUAAUGGCACGUACUAUCCAUAGAAAGGAUGACAUGCUAAUCAACCAAUAUUAUAUUGCAUUUGAAUUUCCAAGUUUGCAGGAUGGAUGCUUAGUUUACUUCAUGAGUUCUCUCAGAAGUCCAAGUAAGGAACCUUGACACAUUCUCACUGCCGUUUGCUUCUCAGAGUUCUGUAUUUUAUAUUAUUUGCUGAGACUUCUACUGGCUUUAAGGACCAUCUUUGAUUGAACUUUUUGGCUUCCCAAUUGCAGGAACAACCAAAGAUUCAGAUGGAACUUAUCAGGCUGUACCUUUUUCAUAUGGAAAUACUGCGAAUGCAGUUGACUCGAAGAACUCCGAUUCAGGACUCACUAAUUCUUGUUACCGUCCACCUUUUCUGAUCCCCGAAAGAUUACAGUGUAACCUGGUAAAUAAAAUGAAUGGAUUCAAUUUUAUUGUUAAUUUCCUUUUGGCAUAUGACAAAGAUGAAUGUUUUCUGUAGAUUGUUAGUAUUUCUUCAACAGUUGGGACAUCAAUAUUUAUCCAAGCCUCCUACAGAAAAAUUACAUCAGAUCAUUGCAAGAACAGCAACGUUUGUAAGUCAGCAUGGAGGACAAUCAGAGAUUGUCUUGCGGGUGAAACAGGGUGACAAUCCAACUUUUGGGUUCUUGAUGCCAGAUCAUCAUCUUCAUGAGUAUUUUCGAUUUCUUGUUGAACAUCCUCAACUUCUGAAAAGUGAUACAAGCACUACCAAAGCACAAGAAGAGGAAAAUUUGGAAGAGAAGAAGGACAAGAUGCUUGCUUCUGAUAGUGGGGCUUUGUCAUUGCUCGGAUCUUUCUAUGGAACCGCAGAGGAUGAUGAUGGCUCACAUGAAGCUGACACAGAGGUUCUAGGCUCUGUCUAUACCAGCAUCGCAGAUAUUGCAGCAGUUCCUCAAAAGGCAGAACAACCCUAUAUGGCUUUGGAAGGGAAAGGAGAAAUUAAGAGUCUAGCUGCCCCUGUUGUUUCUAAAGACAAAACUGUUUCUAUAAAAAGGAAGCUGCCUGCGAAAUCUACUUUGGUUAAUGGUCCAUAUGGCAAGAAUGCAAGAGAUGGCAACCCAAUCCUUCCUGGUUUGGUUGAGCAGCCACGAAGUUCUGUGUCUGGCAGAUCAGAUGUCAAAUCAGUGCUGUUGGAGCCUCCAUCUUUCUUAAAAAGAAUGAUAGACAAAAUAGUUGAAUUCAUACUUAGAAAUGGGAAGGAAUUUGAGGCAGUUCUUAUUGAACAAGAUAAGACAGUAGGCAGAUUUCCAUUUCUUCUGCCAUCAAAUCAAUAUCAUCCUUACUACCUCAAGGUUCUUGAAGGUGCCCGUCAGGGUAAUACUGGUAGCAAGAAGAAAGUGCAAGCUGAUCUUACUAAAGAAUCUGCCCGGGACCACAACUCGUCAGACUUAUCAGAAGGAUGGUUGUAUGAUCCUCAUAGAAAGGAGAAAUUUAAGAUGGUAAUUGGUGCGCCAAAGAAGGAAAAGCAUGAUCAACAGCCGACACUCGCCCCUCAGGCUGGAGUGAGCGUAGAUGAAGCUGCUGCCAUUGUUCUGGCAGCUACAAGGGGUGUCAGUUCUGCUAAUGCUCAUCAGGAUAUUUCACGUCCUGAGUUGGCUGCAGGCCGCACUCACCGGGAGGCUACACAUGCUUCCAGCUUGGGGAGUUACUCCUUUUUACAAGGCCGGGAAUCUAUACCUAAACCUACUUCUAGCCAUGAAGAGGGUACUUCUUUGCCUUCAUCCAAUCAACAACUUAGCAAUAAAGGUUCCAACACGGAUGAUGAUGUAUGGAUUGCAAAGGCUAUUGCAAAAACUGCAGCCCUUGUUACCUCUUGCGAAGCUGACUCUUCAGAAGCUUCCUUAACAAAGGAACAAAAGCUCAAGGCUGAGAGGCUGAAACGAGCAAAGAUGUUUGCAGCUAUGAUAAAGAGUGGUGAUCCAUUAAGCAAAUUGACUGGUUCCAUCACUGCUCAAAAUUCAUCAUUGGAAAUUUCUGCCGCUGGUUCAUCUCGAUCUGGCGCAGGAUCAGAUCUUUUGGUCAAAGAACGAGAAGGAAGCUCUGUACCUUUCGAUGCUGAGGUUUCUGGUAGAUCUAAGUUUCAAGAGAGAGAGUCUGAUCAUGAUGUUAGUGAGGAAUAUAGCCAUAGGGAGAAACAUCAAUCGUGUUCUCGAGAUCUUAGAACUGAUGACAUGGUCGAAAGUCAUAAGCAGUCCAAAAAGAGGCAUCGGUCUGAACAUUCUAUAAACCAUAGAAGUGAUAAAAAACAUAGGAAGCAUCCUUCGUCUUCCAAGGACAAAGAAUCUCGGCAUCGUCAUAAGCACCACAGUUCCUCGGAAGACGAGAACGGGCAUAGAAAGCAUUCUAGGUCUCAUCGUCGUCAUAAGGAUGAAGGUACACCAGAAGAAAAGGAAAGGACAGGGUCCGAUGGACACAGGAAGAAGCAUCACCGGCGGUCUCAAAGGAACCAUGACACUGAUGAAGAGGUGAAUACAACAAUUUUGGAUCAGUCGGAAGUCCCUCAGAAAUCUAACCACCAAAAGGUCGUAAAUAUGCCAUCAGCUCCAACUGAUGCAGCAACUGAAGUAUCCAAAGAUCUAAGAGCAAAAAUCCGAGCUAUGCUAUUAGAAACCUUGUAGCUAUCCUGGAUGCAGUGCCAAAUGAGUAUAAAUGUGAUGAUGUUCUGAUUGAUGCAAACAUCUUUCAGGUGCAAUCUCUAUUUUCGCACGUUGCCCUAUUUACAAAGUUGAAUUUUCCUGAACUAUAUCAAAAAGACAAGACAUGAGGAACGGGUGAAAUCUGCUUAAUUCGGGUGUCCAAACAAAGACUACAUCAAAUGAUUGCUUUGGUAUGAUGUUGUAAUCAUUAGAUCCUAGAUUAAUAGUUCUGAUUGCGAAUAGAUUACCCAGAUGGUCUUUUGAGGGAAGCAUGUUGCCUUCCACCAGAAUAGAGCAUAGCCGAGCAGAGGACGAAAAGGCAACGCAGAGAUCCCAUGUCCUCUGGAUCUCUCUCCCUUUCUCGCUCCCAUUUUAAGCCUAGCAAUUAGGAUGAUUAGAUCCUUAUUUUUAGUUCAUGAGUUUAUAAUAUAAUUAUAGAAUGUGCAAAGUUUGAUUCUUA